AUGGUGAGCCCACGGGCCCUGUGUAGCCCACCCAGCCUGCUGCUGCUGCCACCCUCCUGCCUUCUGUAUUUGGGGGCCUCAGGUGAGUGAUACUCAACCCCUACCCACCCCAUUGAGGAGGUGGUGUCCAUCCAGGGAGUGAGGGGUGGCUCUGUGGAGCUGACCUGUGGCUUCCCAACUGCCCCCCUGGCGGUCUUCUGGAGCUUCACCCCCCUGGGAUCACAUCCCCGGCCUGUGGCUGUCACCAAUGGAGCAGAGGUUAAGGUGGAGGCCGGGGCCUUGGUUCUGGGGACCGUGAGCCUGCGAAACAGCAACCUGGUGCUGGGGGGGCUGCGGGAGGAUGCCCGAGGCCACUUCCUGUGCCAGGCCUUGCAGGCGGCGGGUGGCGGACUGCACACUGCCUGCUCCCACUUCAGUCUGGCCGUGCUCGUGCCCGUAUCGAAGCCUCAGGUAAGGCUGAGUGAGCCGUCCCCCGUGGAGGGGGCAUCCGUGGUGGCCAUGUGCGCAGUGCGGGAGGGCACGGAGCCCGUGAUCUUUGCCUGGAAGCAUCAGGCGCCCCGAAGCCCCGGGGAGGCCCUGCUGGGGGUCACGGAGCCGCUGCUACAGCUGGACCCAGUCAAUCGGACACACUUGGGCUGGUACAUGUGCAGUGCCCGCAACGCAGUCAACCAGCUGAGCAGUGACGAAACCUUCUUGGAUGUCAUCUAUGGUCCAGACGCCCCUGUGAUCACCGUGGAGUCUCCAGGCUUCACCGAUGAGGGCUUCUGGGCGGGUGAGAGGGAGGAAGUGACUCUGAGCUGCCUGGCUGCGUCCAAUCCGCCCAGUGGCUACCUGUGGCUGCGUGAGCACGCCCAGGUCCACGCUGGCUCCACCUACACCAUCAGCAGUGCCAGCCGCGCCCACACCGGCCUGUACACCUGCCUGGCCCACAACAGCUGCUUGGACACCCGCACAGAGGCUGCCGUCCGGCUGACCAUCUACUACCCCCCCGAGGGGCAGCCCUCCUGUACAGCGCUCCCCACCUCUGGGGCUGUGACUUUGGUCUGCGCCUGGCCUGGGGGGCUUCCAACUGCCCAGCUGCAGUGGGAAGGGCCCCAUGGGACUGGCCCAACCGCCCUUGGCAACGUCACCUGGAGGCAGGCAGCAGCCCAGCUGCGGAACGGCAGCACCUUCACCUGCACUGGCCAGCACCCGGCCCUGGCACCGCUCGCCCUCUGCAGGAUCACGCUCUAGGAGCCCCUCCAGAGCCUUGCUUGCUGGACCAGGGCCACAGUGGGGGACCAGUUCAUCAUGCUGAGCUGUGAGUGGGCUGGAGGCGAGCCCCCGGCCCUGCUGAGCUGGCUGGACGACCAGCAGCAGCCCCUGGGCAGCAGCGGCUCCUCGCGGGCCGUGCACCUCCUGAGGGCCCGGGAAGAUCUGGCCGGCAGAGAGUUCAUCUGCCAGGGCUCUCACCCACUCAGGGCCCCCGGCCCCCGCUGCCGGCUCCAGCUGGAAGCCCCCCAGCUGGCAGUAGCUAAGCCCCAGGUGUCAGUCCUGGAGGGGGAAGAGGCCUGGCUGAGAUGUACCCUCCAGGGGGGCACACCGCCUGCCCGCCUCCUCUGGCUGGGGCCGCAGGGACAGCCACUGGAACAGGGCACCUCUGGAUUCAUGCUGCACCGGGAGGACGCCCAGCUCCGCCUUAGCAUCCGAGGCACCAACCCAGCGCGGCACAGGGGCACCUACCAGUGUGUGGCCCGCAACGCCCUGGGCAGCUGCAGCCGCAGCUGCAGCACCCUGUUGGAGGUCCUGAGCACUGACACGCCCUGCACCACGCCCGGUUCGGAUCCUGCGCAAGAACCUUCAGACGCUCCGGUCAGUGUCACCAUCACGGUGACCGCCACGCCGUGA